GUUCGCAACUCUCACUUAAAGCACCAAAAAUGAUUAAAAAAAAAAUGUCAGGGUCUAAUAUUGCCAAUGUUGUAAUGUAAUCCCUGUCUUGCUUAUUGCCUACGCAGUGACAUGGCACAUAUCGUCGUCCUGACCAAUAACUAUGUCCCUUUUUUGUCUCACACAGACUCCCUGGAGAUGUUUGUCCCAGAUAAGAUCACCAUUCUACUCGGCCUGAUGGCAGCGGGAACAGACUUCUACAAAAGCCUCGGAGUGAAGAAGAAGAGUGAAGCUGAGGACCUUUGGCAGAAGUCUUAUCACCAUGUAGCAGUGAGAGAACAGGUGGAGGAACUUCUGCAGCUGGAGAGUGAGUGGGACUCCUUCCUGGAGAGCGUGGACAGAGGUCUGCGGACAACAGACGGACAGCUGGCAGGAGGACAGAUAGCAGACAGCCUGAGCCCUGAUACUGCGUUCACUGAUGGACGGAGUGCAAAGAGCGUGACUCUGGGUCAGUUCCUGGGUCAGGGUCAGAAGCUGCUGCUGGUCCUCAUCAGACAUUUCAGAUGACUGCUGUGACGAGACCACGUGGCCGAGCUGGAGGCCAGUCAGGUAUACAGGAGUUUUGGCCUCGACUCGUCCUACGCCAAAGUGAUGAGGUUUGGCUGCCUGCUCAAGUACUCCGAGUACGGAGCUGUGGACAGAGACUUCCCCGAUGUCCCCCCUCACCUGCUGGAAGAUAUGUACCAGGUACAAAUGGACAACCAGGUACAAAUGGACAACCAGAUGGGAGGUGACUUUUUGCUGGAUGACACGGGGAGGGUCCUUCUUUCUCACCCGUCUAAAAACCCAAUGGACAGGCCGAGUGUGAAGGCCGCCCUGCAGGCCGUGGACCCUUCAGGCUCCUCUCUGUGAAGAAACUACAAGCUGUAAAAGAUAUGUGAACAUUGGAGACACUCAGGGGGUUUAAGUGGUUACAUUUUUUUUCCCAUCACUGGCACCGCAGAGGAAGAGCAGCUCUUUGACUCACGUUUAUGACGUCACGUCUCGCACUCAUGACACCAUGAAGAGGUGUGACUGAUGCAGAACUGUAAGCAAGGACAACUGAUCUCCUUUGUUGUGUUAGUGUUGUGAUGAGAGCAUUUUUAAAUUAGUGGAUUACAGUGUAAUUCAAUAUAAAGUUACUUUUAUAUAAUACCAAUGGUAUUUAACUUAAAAAAAACUGAUUUUAGAAACUGAUUUAAGCAAUUGUACUGUAAUCUGUAAUGUCAGACUGUACGGCAUUUCUUAAAGGUGCAGUAGGUAAGCCUUAUAAAACUAACUUUCUGUCAUAUUUGCUGAAAUUGA